AUCCCGCGAUCUGAAUACUCGUUGAUUGUCAGAGCCCUUAUCUUGUGAUGGUGUUAAUGUUUGGUAAUCCUUAUCUCCUUGAGAGUGUAGGUUGUUGAAGGUGGGCCAUCGUUUCGUCGAAUGUCAUAGUGUGUGAAGUCAAUGUUGCAACAGAACGACAACUGUGUUUUUUGCAGAAUUUGUAAUGGGAAAGAACAAAGUGAAAUCCUGUACAAGGAUGAUGAAUAUGUUGUCUUCCCAGAUAUCAAACCAGCUGCCAAACAUCAUUACUUGAUUGUUACACGUGAACAUAUUCAAAAUGCAAAACAGUUAACUACAGAGCAUAGACAUGUUGUGGAGAAACUCAUUGAAAUAGCAAAACAGGUUCUUACUGAAGAGGGUGCUGACUUAUCAGAUGUAAGGUUUGGUUUCCAUUGGCCUCCAUUCAACUCCAUUCAGCACCUCCAUCUGCAUGCAAUAUCUCCAGCUAGUAGCUUGGGUUUUGUAUCUCGUCUAAUCUUCCGCCCAAAUUCAUGGUGGUUUGUUUCACCAGAGUAUGUGACAUCCCGCCUGUAGUGUUUCCACACAACACUUUGCAGUUUGUAAGUUUUGAUUUGCAUUCCUACUUUGCAGUUUCUGGGAAUAUUUUUGUUGUGAAGGACAAUGUGCAAUCAGUAGCUGUUGCCCUCAUAUACUGAUUCAAGUAUAUUUACAGAUCAGUUCAAAGAAAUUUAUGCUAAUGGUACAAAAUUUCUUGAGUAAACAUAGCUAUUAAUAUACAUUACAUUACUUAAGAUGGUUUAAGUUGAUUCACUUAUAAAUUAAAUACUUAACAGAUUGAAAAAUUGUUUGAUGUAUGGAUGUUGAACACAGAAUGGAAUAUCAUAAUUUCCUCAUGUCUAUUGUAUAUUUAUUCCUUGAAAUUUGCCAUCAAAAGUCAGAUGUGUAUGCUUAUCUUUUGUAAAAUAAUUCUGAAAAUUUUGCAUCAGUGCAAUGAGCAAAAUAGCGAGGUCAAUAAAAUUGCUGGCUAUGGGCUGGAGUGCCUGAGUUUGAUUCCAUGUAGUCAUAGGACUCUUUUCUUCAUCAUGUUCUUAAUGAUUCUGGUGCCCACCCAGCCUCCUGUUCAGUAGUUACUGGAGACUACCUAGAGGUAAAGUGGCCAUGAUAUUAAACUUACCACCCAUCUAGGAGUGCCAAGAUCAGCACAGGGAGCUUUACCUGUAGGGGAUAAUAAAAUGCUAUAACUUUUUAAGUUAUAAACUAAUUUCUUUAUUUUUGUCUUGAUUUUUAUGGUCAGGCAUGUGACACAUUUUGUCUGAUUAAGUUUCAUUAUAACAACUUAGAACUAUUUACUUUUUAUCAUAGACAAAAACAAUUUUCAUCUUUAUUAAAAUAUAUACAGAAUCACUGCUAAAAAUAAUAUUUGUGGCUUCCAAACAUUUUAACUGCUGUCACUUCAGCAUGAUGUUGAGUCAGACACACUGAUAUCAAACAUGGUAACAGCUUUAAAUGGCCAUUUUUUAGUUCAAGUAUUUUGAUAUUGAGGUAUUUUGUCAUAUUAAUUCAUUUAGUUCUGUUUAGUUUUCUCCAGAAAUAAAUAGAACAGUUGGUAUUUUGACUGAUCACUGUGGCCAUCUAUCAAAUAAUGGAUCAUAUUUCUUUUAAAGACUAAAAGUUAUAUGUUCCUGUUUUGGCAGGUUUUCAUAUUAUAAAAUUACAAUUUUUUAUAGAAGUCUUUGGUAGAGCUACAGUAGCAUAUAAAACUUGAAUGUACUAUAAUCCUGAUUUCUUACAAGUAUUUUGUCCAGAUAUUUCCUAUGCUGUCUUGGUGUUUAAUUGUCAGUGAUUUUGGUUACAACUCCAAAGAGAGGACUACUAAAUCAUUUGGUGUUUGUUAAAUGAGUUAGAUUGACAGUAAUUGUAUAGCAAAUUUCCAUCUCUAUUGAAUUACUUGUAAGAGGGACAGCUUUAUUGUGGUAUUUGUUAUCUGUUAUGAAUCCAGUACAAUUUGUAUUGGAUAUGUAGGUCAUAGGAAAGAGUUUUGUGCAUAAAUAAAAUACAUAUUAAUUUAAUAAAA